GGGAAUUUUUAGAAAAGGUACGACAGAAAAAAACCCGUGAUAUUACUGUUUUGGACUUGGGAUGUGGUAAAGGUGGAGAUUUGCUGAAAUGGAGAAAAGGAAGAAUUAGCAAGCUCGUUUGUACUGAUAUCGCCGACAUUUCUGUCAAGCAGUGUCAACAGCGGUAUGAGGACAUGAAAAAUCGUCGUGAUAAUGAAUAUCUUUUUAAUGCGGAAUUUAUAACUGCUGACUCUUCAAAGGAACUUUUAGUUGAUAAAUUUCGGGACCCAGAAAUGUGCUUUGACAUCUGCAGUUGUCAGUUUGUCUGUCAUUACUCUUUUGAAUCCUCUGAGCAGGCUGACAUGAUGCUCAGAAAUGCUUGUGAGAGACUCAGCCCUGGAGGCUACUUUAUCGGUACCACUCCCAAUAGCUUUGAACUGAUAAGUCGCCUUGAAGCUUCAGAAACAGAAUCAUUUGGAAAUGAAAUAUAUACUGUGAAAUUUCAGAAGAAAGGAGAUUAUCCUUUAUUUGGCUGCAAAUACGACUUCAACUUGGAAGGUGUUGUGGAUGUCCCUGAAUUCUUGGUCUAUUUUCCAUUGCUAACUCAAAUGGUGAAAAAGUACAAUAUGAAAUUAGUCUACAAAAAAACAUUUAUGGAAUUCUUUGAAGAAAAGAUUAAGAACAACGAAAAUAAAAUGCUGUUAAAACGAAUGCAGGCCCUAGAG